AUGGCCGAAUUUAACACUCUAUUGUCCUCCAUGAAACUGUCUAUUGUGGCUGUAACUGAAACCUGGUUGGACUCGUCAAUACCUUCUUCAGUAGUAAUAUUAAAUGACAACAGUUACACCAUUUUUCGAAAGGAUCGGAAUCGGCAUGGUGGAGGCGUGAUGCUGGCCAUCUCCAAUGGUCUUCAACCUACGGCUGUUGAUUUGCCUGCUACUCAAACUGAAAUAGAAAUCGUGUUUGUUCAACUAGCUAUUGGAUCUGAAAAAUGGUUAUGUGGGGCAUAUUACAGACCGCCUUCUUUAGAUAGCACCAGUAUCGAUGAUCUAGAGAAUGUGUUGAGCCAUCUUGAUUUGGACUCAUUCGCCGGUGUAAUUCUAAUGGGUGACUUCAAUAUUGACUGGUCACCUAGCAACACUGGUCACCUGAGGUCCACCUUGGAAAACCUCACCGAUGCUACUUGCCUUGACCAACUAGUUCAUGAAGUAACUAGAUCAUCCGCUGAUUUUUCAUCGAACACUAUCCUCGAUUUGAUCUUCACCUCGCGUCCGGAUCGUCUGCGUGACGUUUGUAUUGAAGCUGGUAUCGGCAACUCCGACCAUAAUAUGGUGACUUUCAAGAUUCGAGGCUCACCCGGUAAGCUUCCCAAACUGCACAGAGAACUUUAUCAAUAUCAUAACACUGAUAUUGAUCAUUUUCACAACCUGAUUUCUAUGACGUCAUGGGAUUUGAUUGACUAUUCUGACAUAGAUAAGGCAUGGUCAGAGUUCACCGACUUAUUUGUUGCCUGUGUACGUGAAUGUAUUCCUCAACGUCGGUGUCGAAGGAAAGUGAAACCCUGGAUCACUGGAGAGCUGCAUAAACUUAUCAAGGAAAAACGGAGACUUUUUAAGAAGGCUCGUCGAUCAAGAACUGAGGGAGUUUGGAAUAGAUAUAAGCUCAUCAGGAAUAAAGUUCGUAUCGCCUAUAAAAAAGCAUACAGCGAUUAUGUCACGCAGCUUUUCAAGAAAAAAGACAACCGCAAGUCCUUUUGGUCUUUCGUUAAGAACAAACGCAAAUCUUCAGAUGCUGCCGACUCUUUUUCAGUCAAUGGUGCUAAGAUUCAGGACCCUGGCAAGAUCGCUAAUGGAUUUAACGGUUUUUUCGCUAGCUUCUUCACAACUCCUUCGGACGCCUGUUGCAACACUGCCUGCCCCUGUGUUAGAUUUUCCUCAACUCACAAAUCUGUUUGUGACAAGGGCUCAGAUUGCCAGUGA